CCCACGCAAACGGGCACCAUUAGGGGAAACAGUAAAACAAAGCAUGUCUAUAGAAAAAAACUCUUAGUUCAUGGUUCCGUUCUCACUCGUCGACUGAUCAGGACAAGCAACAGAAACCCAUUUAUUCAAUAAGUAAAGUGACAAAAAAAAAAGAGGGAAUUCCACGCUCUGCAUUUCUCCACAUUAGAAAAAAGCACAAGCGCCUCCCUGAAAAGUCAGAAGCUACUGAGUCCACAGCUCUUAAAUUUAUUUUUCUUCCUUACAAGCGGUACAACUAUGUGAUUUGGAAGAUAGCAGCAGAUUAUUUGCAGGCAGAUAUGAGGUGUAGCUGUUUUAGUGCAAAAAACCAUGCUAAUGGGGCUUCUCGUGCCACAGAUGGGGAUUCACUUCGUGAUAUUAACCAUUUCUCUUAUAAUGAGUUAAGAUCAGCAACAGAUAACUUUCAUUCAUCCAAUAAGAUUGGAAGAGGAGGAUUUGGAACUGUUUACAAGGGAACCCUCAAAAGGGGAAGACAAGUAGCUGUGAAGACACUUUCUGCUCAAUCAAAGCAAGGAGUGCGGGAAUUUUUGAAUGAGAUUACUAUCAUAUCAAAAGUUAGGCAUCCAAACCUUGUUGAGUUGAUAGGAUGCUGUGCUCAAGGAACUAACCGAAUUUUAGUGUACGAAUAUGUAGAAAAUAACAGCCUUGAUCAUGCAUUGCUAGGUCCAAAGAAUACGAAUAUUAAACUGGACUGGGGAAAAAGAUCUGCAAUUUGCUUGGGUAUUGCUAGGGGCCUUGCAUUCCUUCAUGAAGAACUUGUUCCGCAUAUUGUGCAUAGAGACAUCAAAGCUAGUAAUGUACUUCUCGACAAAGAGUUUAACCCAAAGAUAGGAGACUUUGGGUUGGCUAAACUCUUUCCAGAUGACAUCACUCAUAUUAGCACAAGAAUAGCAGGAACAACUGGUUAUUUGGCACCAGAGUACGCAUUGGGUGGUCAGUUAACCAUGAAGGCUGAUGUGUACAGUUUUGGGGUUCUUGUCCUUGAAAUAAUUAGUGGCAAAAGCAGUGCAAAGGCCAGCUGGGGAGGAAUGCAAAAGCUCCUACUAGAAUGGGCAUGGCAGCUUCAUGAAGAGGGGAAACUCUUAGAACUAGUAGAUCCAGAGCUGGGAGAUUUUCCAGAGGAAGAAGUCAUUAGAUACAUGAAAGUAGCCUUUUUCUGCACCCAGGCAGCAGCAAGCCGAAGGCCACUCAUGAGCCAGGUUGUUGAUAUGCUUUCGAAGAACGUCCGGCUUAAUGAGAUGCUACUUUCACCACCAGGUUUCUUCCAAGAUUCAAUUGGCCUCAGUGGGCCACCAUCUUCAACUAAAAAGUCAUCUGCCGACUCUACUAGCAACCAGAUGAGCUCUUUUCCUGUCACAAUCACUGAGGUAACCCCUAGAUGAAGAACAUUCUUUUAAUUGCUAUCGACACUCAAGUAUUGGUAAGAGCUCUCAGCUGGAAAAUGGGGAAAAAAAUUAGUUCCUAGGCACAUUCAUGUAUUUUAUCCCUCGCAUUGCGUUAGGUAAAUCAUAUACAGGUUUUUCUAUCUAUAGGGAAAGUGAGCGUAGUUAAACACAAUUGAAGUGGCGAAUUUAUCUUCUUGUUGAAGGAGGUGAUGUGUGGCAAUUAUUUAUAUGUUUUUUGUAAUUGUUUUUCUUGUCAUGAUUGGAUGGAAGUGUUAUAUUUAUAAAUUUUAUAAUGGAAAGGUUUGUUUUGUAUUUCA